CACCUUGGGGUUGUCACGACAACAUGAACAUGAACCACCCGGCGGCAGCAGCCAUGUUUUGGAGCCGGCCCAAACCUGUGACCCCAGCACCCCCAGCCCAUCAUCACCACCAUCACAACGCUCCAGUUGCAGCUACGCAGGGUCACAUGACCUCUGCACACCCCCACAGUUCCAGCAUGCACCACAGCAGUGGGGGUAGUGGAGUGGGGUCUGUAGGCAGAGCAGGUGGAGGGGCAGGCAGUGGCGAAGGUGGAGGAGCCGACAAACACGGACACACCUCCUCCUCCUCACUUCCUGUAACACAGGGGGCAGCACAUCACGCCAUGACACCCACUAACGGGAACUUCCUUCCCGGCUACAGCGGGGGCGCAGACUGUGGCAUCAUGAACAAACAAGGACACAACCACCCGGACAUGAUGGCCCUAUCGGACAGCAGUAGCUGCAACAGUGGUGGGGUGAUGGGUGGAGGCUUCCUCGGGGGGCUGGGGUUACCCCCCGGUGUAAUUGUUAUGGCUAUGGGGUCAGCAGGUGGCGCUAUUUCUGACGCCAGCAGCGCCUUCCAGAUGACGGGCGGCCAGCGAGGCCUUACUGACUGCCAACAGCACCCCACUGCCUCGCCCUGCCCCUCAUCUUCCUCGCCAUCAUCCUCGGUGGUGACGGCGGGCGGCGUGGGUCUGUCGUCUUCUUCAUCAUCGUCUUCUGGGGCGGCUGCCGCCAAAAGGAAGAGGAAGCGCUGCGGGGUGUGCGGGCCGUGCAGGCGGCUCAUCAACUGUGGCGUCUGCUCGUCUUGCCGCAACAGGAAGACUGGUCACCAGAUCUGCAAGUUCAGGAAGUGUGAGGAGCUGAAGAAGAAGCCGGGUGGAGGAGGGGGGGCGCUAGAGCGACCGCCUUCCGUCCCGACUGGUGAGGCAUUUCGUUGGUUCUUCUAGCAACCUCCACCUACUGGGUCUCAGCAGCUGUACACCCUGAACAGCACCUCGCCAUCACCUACGGACAAAUGAACUAAGGCAACGGGGAAAAAACCCAGUCGAGGCUGUGCAGUAGGAUUUACACUUUGAUACCAUGUGGAUUUUACAAAAAAGAGAAUACAAUUCCAUCCUCCUGGACUAAGAUGGUCCAGCAGGUGGAUGCAAGGAGGCAGGAGGAGACAGUUUGGUCAAAGGUAGCAGGGUCUGACCAAUUGGAUUAAAGCUGACAUAAAAGGGCAGCACAGAGCUGAACAACAUCCUAGCACAAGCUCAGUACUUCAUACAACAAUUAUACAGUACCACCUGUUAGCAUCACUGAAUGGAAGGUGAAGUAAAGCUUCUGGCACAAAGUGGUUUUUUUGCAGAAAAUGAAGCUAGCGCUAAAACGGGUACACAGUGGAACCUCAGAUUUUGAACUUAAUUCGUGCCGUACCGUAAAGCCAGAUCUGAAACACGAGCUCCAAUCUCAUACUUUCGUAUAAUCUCUUUAUUCACUUCUAUUGUUGCUCUCACUACGUUUCUUUCCCAUGGUGAUUUCUGGAAUAAAAAAAAUUGAAGAAAUAGCACAGCGCAAGAAACACCGGCAAAAUCAGACAACAGUUCUUAGCGUGUAUAUCCUGAGCGCGGGCUGACGCCACACACUCAGUCACCCAGUAACCGCUUUUGGUUAAAAAAAGGGAGGAGUUCGACAUCCGAGAUUCCACUGUGCUUACAUGUAAAAACUUAAAAAAACCUCUCGGGAUGCUAGCAACGCCUUACAUGCUAAACAGGCUACAUGUCUGUCAGAGCAGAUCUUAACAUCACAGGAGGCAACAGCAUACACCGUUAGAACUGUAGAAGGACGAGAUCUUGGAAGAUCGCUCAGCAGAAACAUCAUCUUGACUUCUGGAUUUCUGCUCUCUAGAGGCUAAAGAAGCUAGCAGUUUAGCCGACAGAACUGAAAGGGAAAAAAUGAAAAAUAAUUGUGCAUGUUUGGAUUAAAAGAAUAUUUAUAGUGUGAUAAUUGUCAUUGAACCACACAAUCUUAAAAAGGACAGCACUGAGCAACACAUUGACCAAAUAGUCUCUUCCUCCUUCCUCCAAUCCAACCUCGCUACGGUACCAAGACCAUUUCAGUCUCAACAAUCUAUUUGACCAAACGUGGACGACGGACAAACCUCAAAGAAUUUGUCACCACUGUAGA